CACCACUACACCACGCCACAGCCGCAACCGCACCAUCGCGCACUCAGCUCGUUCGUACGCGCUCGGGCCCUAUUUAACCAUCGUCUGCCCUCCAAGCCCUGCGACCGCGAGCACCGUCAACCCUGGUUUCUAGUACCUCGUAGCUAAGCUUCCAUAUGGGAUCGAGAGUCUUUCUCGCCGCGGCCGUGGUGGCCGUGGCCGUGGCGGCGGCGGGGGCGGACGUGGCGGCGGACCGGGCGGAGUGCUCGGACAAGCUGGUGGCGCUGGCGACGUGCCUGACGUUCGUACAGGGGCAGGGGCAGGCGCCGACGCCGGACUGCUGCGGGGGGCUGAAGACGGUGCUGCAGACCAGCCCCAAGUGCCUGUGCGUGCUCGUCAAGGACCGCGACGACCCCGGUCUGGACUUGAAGCUCAACGUCACCAGGGCGCUCGGCCUCCCCGCCGCCUGCGGCGCGCCCGCCAACAUCUCCGACUGCCCAAGGCUACUGAACCUGCCGCCCAAUUCCAAGGACGCGGAGGUCUUCGAGCAGUUUGCCAAGCAGCAGGCAGCCCAGAGCAGCCCAAGUGGCGCGUCGAGUGCGCCGAGCACGGGCGCACAGAAGAACGCGGCGGCGAGGAUGAGGUGGUUGGGAGUGGGCGGAGUUGGUGUGGCCGCACGCGCAGCGCCGCUCCUCUUCUUCGCCGUGCCUUUCUUGCUCCUUCUGCGCUAAAUACAGAAACGGAAGCCUAUGCUGCAGGGCAUCAUUAUUGUGUACAUGGAGUGAGAGUGGUCGAUGAGUGCAUGCUCGAUGAGUGCAUGCUCCAUGCUGGAGCAUGCGGGCGCGUGAGUGCGUGUGUGUUGGUAUCUCUUAAUCCGCGUGUGAAAAGCUGAACCGAUGUGCCGGCUGGGAUUUCUUCUCGGGUUAUGCCUGCCUGGUCAUUUCUAACAGACAUAUCAUGUCAAGUAAUAAAAUUCCCUCAAAAGGGAUCCAUAUACUUGCAUUGCACCGAUCAA